AUGGCAAAUAUAGCGAUGUGUGCUAUUGUCGAAGAAGAAGAAGAAAGAAUUCGCAGUAUGGAUAAUCCUGUUUGUAUUAUUUGCAAUGAAUCUGGUGGAGAUUUAAGGACGAUUCAUAGUAAGGCGAUAAACACUCUUAUAGAUUCUAGCAAACAAAGAAAAGACAACAAGUUUAAGUCGUUGGAAAAAUUAGCAUCAGCCCAUGUACACUUUAUUUGUCAGAAAAAAUAUAAUAGAAGAAGUUCAAUACAUAAUGCUUCAACAGAACACAUCAGAAAAAGUUUGGAAGGUAAAAAAAUAGUCAAAGAUGCUCUCGAUUUCGAUUUUCAAAAACUUUGUCUGUUUUGCGGCGGUACUUGUUUAUCCAAGGAUCAAAUUAAAUUUGUACAAAAACCUGAAACAAGGGAUAAAAUAAUUGAAGCUCUUGAAGAACGAGAAAAGUCGAGUAUAUCUGAUAAAAAUUUACUUGCACGUUUGCGAAACAAUCCAGACUUGCCUAAAAUUCAAGCUAGAUAUCAUCCAGAUUGUAUUAAGCAAGCUUGGCAAGAAUGGUAUAAAAAUCAACAAGAAGAUGUCGAAUUGGAACGAAAGAGAAUUGUUAAAAUGGCAGCAAAAAUUAUCUUGGAGGACAUCCGAUCAACUAUUUACGAUAAGAACAAUUACAAUCUCCCACAUUUCAACGACAAAAAUAUCUUUGAAAAUAUUCCAGAAUCUUUAACAAAUUUUCUUGAUGUUGUUAUGAAAAGUCACAAAGCUGUAAGUAGAAAAAAUGAUUUCAAGUGGAAAAAGAGAAUAUCUACAAUUGCUCAUAGUAUAAUAAUGUCAGCCCGGCCACGCACAUUUUUAUCGCCAAUUUUACUCGGUCUGUCAUCUAUGAUGCACAAAAAAUAUGCAUCAAGAGACUUGAUUGAUUCAUUGUCGUAUUUGGGUUUGUGUGCGACCUACGACGAAACCUUGCGCUUUGAAGCGUCAAUUUUAGAUGAUCCUGAAAAUCAUGUUUGUAAAUCUGAGUGUUUUGUUCAAUACGUUUUUGACAAUGCUGAUCAUAAUACCUGUAUACUUGAUGGAAAAAACACGAUGCACGUUAUGGGAGGUAUUAAGGUUGCAACUCCGUCAUCAGAUGUCAUUUCAAAAAAAAAUAUUACUCGAUUGAAGAAAAUUCCUACUUCAGAAGUAGUUGGCAAGUUUGGAUUUAUACCAUUAUUACAUUUCGAAAAAAAAAAUGCACAGGGCCUAAAAACAGUAAUUGUGAAGGAUAUUUUAACCAAUGAUUUUAACAAACCAAAGAUGUCGAUUGAAGAUUUUACCUGGCUUUAUUCGAAAUAUUCUAAUAAAAAAUCAAAUGGCUACAGCGGCUUUAUGGAAGAAUUUCAUUCAAAUUGUGACUACAAAAUGUCGAAAAUUAUUCCGUUACCAUUUGUUAAUAAUCCGCCAAGCGAUUGGAAUACAAUUUUUACUGUAUUGGUAAAAGCAUCAGUAGAAACCAGAGAUAAGCAUGAACAAACUAUUUGUUUUGUUACAUUUGAUCAACCGCUGUAUCAAAAGGCUCGUUACAUUUUAUCAUGUGUAGAUCCAACAAAUGACGAAUAUGGUUUAAUGAAUGUUAGAGUAAGACUUGGUGGAUUCCAUACGCUAAUGUCGUUCCUAGGGUCAAUUGGAUUUAUAAUGGAUGGAAGCGGACUCAAAGAAGCUUUUGCCUGUAUAUAUGCUGAUAAUUCUGCAGAAAAAGCAUUUACCGGACAUGCGUAUUCCAGAUCCAUUCGAGCACAUUUUCUUGUUCAAGUGGCUUUAGCAACAAUUAUUUUUGAAUCACUUGAAUUAACGGACGAACAAAAGGCAACGUUCGACGGAUUUUUGCAGAAUUUACGCAAAGAGAAUGUAACAGAUGAUAUGCAAAAUGAAAAGAUUGUAGACAUUCAACGCAAAUUUACAGAACAUAUCGACGACAUAGAAAAAAAAGGACCAACGGCGCAAUUGUGGAUUCAGUACUGGAAUAUGUUGGCGGUCGUUAAAGAGUUUAUAAAAGCUGAACGUUCGGGAGACUGGGAUCUACAUCUCGAAGGUGUUAAACGAAUGAUUCCGUAUUUUCAUGCAUCCGGCCAUAAUAAUUAUGCAAAAUCAGCUCAUAUAUAUCUGCAAGAUAUGUUGGAGUUAAAAGAUGCAAUGGGAGAGUAUCCUUUUGAGAAAUUUAAAGCAGAUAGUUUAUUUACGAUUAGACGUACUGACAAGUUUUGGUCUGGAAUUUGGUCUGACAUGACCAUUGAGCAAGCACUAAUGAGAUCGAUGAAGACACAAGGCGGAUUAACGCACGGCCGUAAUCCCAACCGUGAAAGCGUUUGCACAAAAUUUUUAUUAACAAUGAUAAUUCUAGUUGAUAUAUGCAACGAAAUGGAGAACUUUUGCAAUGUUUCUUAUUGCACUUCUGAACAACAUGUCGACUCGACGGAAUCAAGGAUUACGAGAGACGUUUCUGAUCUUGAAACAAUAUUACAAUUUUUUGGCACGUACAAUCCGUUUCCAGAGACACGUAAUAUUAUGUCAAUUUUUUCUGGAAUUGUCAGCGAUCUCAAGGAAGGAAAAAAAGGCAAUGAAGCGAAAAAUGCUAUAAACUGUCACAAAGCAUUUGAAAUAGGCUUGGCAUCUGUAAAAGAAAUGACGGGGAAAAAUUUUGGGGAAGUAACAUUCAAACGGACGAACAGAGUCAAAGCUCUCAGUAGUAUUCAUGCCUCGAUCAAAGUUAACGACGACCUCGUUCCGAUAGAUCCAUUAUUAUUGUUUCAACGUUUAUGCGCCAAUAUUACUGAGAAGACUGACAUGAGGAUGUAUUUAAAAUUCGAACUUGCUCCAUUCCCGCUCUCAAUUUUUACAGAAGACGGUUUUCGAAAAAAUACGAAAUCGGACCUGUUUGGUUAUUUUACAAAAACUGAACCCCCUCGCGGAGACUUGGUGCACGUUGUUGAUGGCGGAUUUUUGUUGCAUAAAGUCGUUUGGCAAAAAAAUGAUACUGUGCAAGUGAUUAAUCAAAAAUAUUUGAAUUUUGUACGCAAGCAUUAUACAGACGACAGUUUUAUUGUGUUUGAUGGCUACCCAGACAAUAAGUUAGAUACAAAUACUACAACAUCCUCAACAAAAACAGCGGAACGCUCAAGACGAAAAAGCACUUCAGUAGUUCCUGCCUUUAUAGUUGAGCCGCAAACCAAAAUAACUCUUUCACAAGCCCGAUUUUUAUCUAAUGAAAAAAAUAAGAAAGAAUUGAUAAAAGAGUUGUCAAGAAUAUUUAGAUUCGAAGGAUAUACCGUUAGACAAGCUGAAGAAGAUGCCGAUUCGCUAAUUAUAUAUACAGCCAUUGAAAUUGCCGAAAAAAACAAGAUUGUAAAGACAACAACAGGUGUUGCCGAAUACAAAAAAACUGUCGUUGUUGUUGGACAAGACAUAGAUCUGUUGGUUCUAUUAAAUCAAUUGAAUUCAUCCGACGCAAGUAUUUAUUUUCUCUCGCCAGGUGCAGCCAAUACAAAUGACUCAAUUUAUUCGUCAAAUAGUUUUCAGCAUAAAGAUUACCGUUCGAUUAUUGCAUUUUUACACUGUUUUUCUGGUUGUGAUACAAAUUCUGGAUUUGCAGGCAAAGGGAAAAGAAAAAUAGUUAAUUUGUUAAUUGCUACUCCUGAACUAACAGAUUUAGUAAAGCCUUUUUACACAGCCGAUGCAGAUCCAAAAGUCAUUGCUCGAAAUGGCUGCAACUUAAUUAAAUCGAUUUAUAACUGCAAGAACUUUAAUACAUCUCUUGAUGAAUUAAGAUACCAGCAUUAUAAAAAACUAGUACAAACUUCUACUUUUAAAUUGGAAAAAAUUCCACCUACUACUGGAGCAGCUAUACAAUUUUCGAAGAGAGCAUAUUUCCAACUUCAAAAGUGGCUUGGAAAUGAUGAAAUCAAUGCAACACUGUGGGGUUGGAAACAAGUAAUUGUAAAUAAUCAACAAAUACUUAUGCCUCGCUUCACAGAAGAUCCUGUAAUCCCCGAAGAUCUAUUAAGAAUAAUUUCUUGCAAUUGCGGCAAUUCAGAUUGUUCAACGAAGUCAUGUGGAUGCCGAAAACUUGGCCUAAAAUGUACAGAAUUUUGUCAAAGUUGUCCGAAUGACGACUGUUGUUCAAAUUUAUACGAGCCUUUAAGAAUUCUACACGAUUCGGAAGACAUUGAAGUCGAAGUCGAAAUUGAGCAGCAAAUGCUUUCGGAGAAUUUGGAAGAUGAUCAACCGACUCCGUCAAAAAGAUCAAAACUGGCGUAA